AUGCAGUCGUCGAACAACGCCACAUUCUUCGUGGCACUGUUCUGGCGUUUUUAUUGCAUCUUAACAAUUGCUGGACCAGCACAUCCAUCUGAUAUGCGCAUUUCGGAUAUGCUAGCCGACAACAGCGCGCAACGAACAGAAUUUGUGAGGACAGUAUGGAGCGAUACAACAUAUUCGAAACUAAGAACUUACAGUAAGCUUAAUGAAUUUUUGACUGUUGAUGCAAACAUCACACUUAAUUUGAAGCGCCUAUUUAAAUUCUUGAAAGUCAUCAGGAUAUGCAAACCUAUUCUUCGGAGAAAGUGUCAUUUCCUUACUGCAUUUUCAGAAGCAGUUCUAUCAAUUACAGAAUCAGUGCCGUAUCUACGACUUUUUAAAUGA